GCGGGGGGAAUUACACGACAAGCCUUCUCUAUUUGACCAAAUACCUCCGCGUGUAAAUUUCCAUGUUAUUGUCCAGAAAUACCGAACCUCGGCCGGCAUUUAGGAUUCCAUCUUCUACAUUUUUCCUCUUUUUUUUUAAGCCUUUUCCCCUCAAUUCUCCCUUCAUUUUCUCCAGAUUCCAGCCCACAAAACACUCAGUUACAAUUUUCCCAGCUCCCAGAAACAGAUGGGAUUCUCUAAAUUAGAAGAGAAAACAAAGAGAAUUCUAAGAUGGAUCAAAACUCUUUUCUUCUUGAUUACCAUGUUAAUGUCUCUACUCUUAUUCUCAGCACCAAUUUUUUUAGCCAUUGCCGACGCCCUUCUCCCGUCGGCCAUAUUAUCGGCUUCUCUUUCUUCCUCAAAACUUACCCUGCAAACCCUUUCUUCGUAUCUAAAAAACUACGACUUCCGGUACUCACUCAUUGAUAUUCCUCUCAUUUCCAUCGUUCGAUCAGCUCUUAUAUUAUGUGUUUAUAGUUUUUGCGACGGUCCGAGACUUUCAAGAGGGCCAUACUUGGGAAUUGCUACAGUGUGUUCAGUUUCAUCAUUGGUGUUUGUAUCAUUGAAGGCUUCGUAUGUGUUUAGCAGCAAUUUGAGGAUCCAUGGAGGACCGCCUGAUCAAGCCAUGGAAUUGGCUUUGUUCGUUUGCUCAUUUGCUAUGGCCAUGGCGCAUGUCGGCGCGGCGUACCGGAUUAGUUGCAGAGAAAGAAGAAAGCUUCUUGUAUACAAAAUUGAUAUUGAAGCUGUAUCCGCAUGCAAGAAUGGAUUUCCAAGAUAUCAAAAAGUAAUCCAAAAAGGAUUAGACAAGUGCAAUUCCUAGUUUCCUUGCAGAACAUGGACAGGGUUUUUUACUGGUUUAUUCAAAGGUGAUUUGUUGCUUGAUGGUGAAGGAGUUUAGCGAUACACAGGCUGUUAAAAAAAAAAAAAAGGUCCCAUUUUUUUGUACUUAUAUAUAUAUAAAUAUUUAGGUUCAUUUGUACCUGUCGCAGUACAGAGGUUGGCAUGGGAGUGACCACCAUUUUGUGGCCCUAAAAUGUCAAUACAUUGUUUCAUUACUUGCAAUGAAUUCGAGAAUUGCUAUAGGUCUUUUAUACGA